GCCUGUCACGUGACACUAAAUCUUUGGAUCCCAUUUAUACCGGUUGCAUGCUCUUGCAGCUCGAAGCCAAACAUUUAUUUGGCACUCGAAUUGCUUCUCUCGUGCUGUUGACAUUAAAUUUUUGCGGAUACGAAAUCAAAAUCCUUGGACCAAGAUGCCGAAUUUGACGGAAAUUCUAGACGCCGCCUCUCGCGCAGACAAACAGGCCGAGCAGGCACUGACAGAAUGGGAGAAUUCCAAUUUUGCCGAGCUGGCCCUUGGCUUGGUGACGGAAUUGGCAACGGAAGGGAAACCUAGCCAUCUCCGAUCGCUGGCCGCCAUCCACCUGAAAAAUAUGCUGAACGCAAAAGACACACAGCUUCAAGCAGCCAAACAUCAGAGAUGGAAGACUUUGGAUGCCGGCGCUCGAAAUGCCGUGAAAGAACCUCUUUUGGCUUCGUUUCGGUCACCCGAGCCAAAGAUUGCUCACUACGCCGCGGUCGCAGCUUCGGAAAUUGCUGCUGUAGAGCUGCCCUUCAAUGAGUGGCCCCAAUUUCUACCAACCCUUCUGGAAUACUGCUCCAGUGGCGCUAGCACUGAGACUAUCAAAAUUGCCUCGAUUGAGUGUCUUGGAUUUACGGCCGAACGAGCUUCGGAUUUGAGCGACUUGACGGAUGCACAAGAUAUUCCCGACCCGGCAAUUGAUUCAAUGCUCACUGCUAUUGUGGGUGGAAUCCAAGCUGGUUCAGCCGAGCCUAUCCGCUUGGCCGCGACAACCGCUCUGCGAAAUGCUCUUGUUUUUUGCAACAAGAAUUUUGAUAAAAAACCCGAACGGGAUGCCAUCAUGUCGGCCGUUUGCGAUGCGACAAGAUCCCCCGAUGCUCGUGUUCGCACGGCUGCUUUCGAUUGCUUGGCGCAAAUCGCAUUUCUUUAUUACAAUCACCUUCAAGAUUACAUGACAACAGUCUUUGAAUUGACCGUCACUGCCAUCAAGGGCGACGAAGAGCCGGUGGCCAAGAAUGCUAUCGAAUUUUGGAAUACUAUUUGCGACGUCGAACAGGAGCGCUUGGACGAAGCUGCCGAAUACGCGGAGAGUGGACAACAAAUUCCGGCAGACAGGCGAUGUGUGGAAUACGCAAAGGCGGCUUUGGGUCAGUUGGCGCCCUUGCUUUUGGAGACUUUGACGAAGCAGGAUGAAGACGCCGACGAAGACUCCUAUAACCUUCACAUGGCUGGCACUGUUUGUUUGGGAUUGAUCAGUCAAACUGUCGAGGACGCCAUUGUGGCACCCAUAAUGCCCUUUGUCACGCAGAACAUCCAGAGCCAAGACUGGCGAAUGCGCGAUGCCGCCAUCAUGGCGUUCCAAUGCAUACUGGACGGACCGGCCACCAGCACCAUUAGCCCUGCGGUUUCGCAGUCAAUCCCAGCUUUGCUGCAAGCAAUUUCCGAUCCGCACCCCAUGGUCAGAGAUACAACCGCUCAUUGCAUUUCCCAGAUUUGCAAAUUGCACGUCCACUCAAUUCCGAAUGAAAUGUUCCCGCAACUGUUGCAACAGUUGAUGGACAAAUGCGGCGAUCCGUCUGCGAAAGUCGCCAGUCAGGCCUGCAGCGCCAUCCACAAUCUGGCUUCGGCCUUCCAAGAUGAGGCCACGGAGUUUCAACAAACGAAUGCGCUGUCCGCAUACAUGAACCAGUUGUUGCAAGUGCUGUGGAAGGUUUGUGAUCGUGAGGAUUCUAUUGAGUCUAACCUUCGCGUGUCCGCAAUGGAGGCCAUUGCGAUCCUCGUCCAAGUUUCUGCGGCCGAUCAGAAGGCUCUUUUGGUUCAGCUCCUUCCUGCCGUCAUGGAACGUUUGGGACAUGCCUUGAACAUGCAAGUUACCGGAAAGGAAGACACCGAAAACAAGGAACAAUUGCAGGGGCUCUUGUGCGCAUUGUUCCAAGUGCUGUAUCAAAAGCUUGACAAGGGUGACGUUGGGCUUGUAACGGACCAGGUGAUGACAAUGUUGUUGACGGUGUUGCAAGCACAGAAUUCCUCGUGCCACGAGGAGGCUUUCUCUGCGAUUUCGGCCAUUGCCGACCUCUUGGAAGAAGAUUUUGUGAAAUACAUGGAUGCACUGAAGCCGUUCCUGAUUGCAGGUCUUAAGAGCUUUGCCUCGUACCGUCUUUGUAUGGUUGCUGUCGCCGCUGUUGGUGACAUCUGUCGUGCGAUCGAACACAGAAUACAGCCAUAUUGCGACGAGAUUAUGACGGUGCUCGUGGAUUCUUUGAAAGACGUUUCGAUCAACCGAUCCGUGAAGCCUCCUGUCAUUUCUUGCUUCGGGGAUAUCGCUUUGGCCAUUGGGGGAGCAUACGAACCCUACCUUCAAUUGUCGGCCAUGAUGUUGAUGCAAGCAAGCAAUACGCAGGCUCCGGAAGACGACGAGGAUUUGAUUGAGUACGUGAACGUGCUCCGACAAGCCAUUUUGGAGGCAUACACGGGAAUUGUUCAAGGGCUCAAGGGUGGCCAAAAGUUGCAAUUGUUCAUGCCAUAUGUUUCCAGCAUCGUCCAGUUCUUGCAGCAGCUUGCGGGUGAUCCAAACCGCGAUGAUGGUGUGUUGAAGGCCGCGGUUGCUCUUGUCGGUGACAUUGCUCAGGCAAUGGGCACUGAGGCCGCCGUGAAAUCACAAAUCGGACAACCUUUCGUCGGUCAAAUGCUACAAGCAGCAUCGGCUUCGCCCAGCGAAGGAACUCGCGAGCUGGCUAUAUGGGCGUUGCAAGUGGUACAAACUGUCUGCGCUUCCUCCUAGUCACGUGGAUCAACCUGGUUAGUCAACCUGCUUCCAGUUCCCUGCAAAGAGCCCGAAGAAAAAACGUGGAUCAACCUGGUUAGUCAAACUGAAAAGGGUACAGUCAUGUGGAUUAUUUGAUGAAAAAAUGGAUUUCCAUCUGAGCUGGCCCAGAUCCAGUCGAUCGGUCGCGACAUGACCAAGAGAUGCUUUUCUCUUAGUCGUAUCGCCACCGGAGGGCUCUCACAGACACUUAUCAUAUCAAACGGAAGGACAUGGCAUCCAAUGGGUUAAUCAACCACGACAGCAAGAAAGUCGGUUUCCACGGUUGACCUGUUUGGUGGCUUCUCCUCGACUUUGUUCAAACUCAAGCUGGCUACUAUAAGUAAAAGAAUAAAGAUUGUCUGCCCUCUGAGAUCAUAGUGGUGUAGUUGCGGGUACCAAUAGAGCAGCGGAAGUAGCUACAAUAGAUAUUUAUUCGUAUCGAUGAUGUUGACACUGCUGCACGGAAGAGUGACGAGUUGGAUGAAGAGGAACCUGCUCAAGCCACAACCCAAACCAAAACAAACUCUGUACCGAAAACAAUCUACCACCGGUAGGUACCUCCGGAACCUUAGCUUAGAGAUCUGACUUCAUGUAGCCUCACGCGGGCUUUGCUAGCCAACCAAUCACCAUGAACGCUUCGAGGGGGGCACAAGACAGCACAGAACCUACAGUACCGAACGUGGGCUCGACAGAACAUCUAUCUUUCGAGCCAAGUCCACCCCUCUGCACCUCGCGGUACACUGUAACGGAGUGGGUU